AUGACUGAAGCAGUAACUUUCGUACUUAUAUCCGCCCAAAACGUCGCAUUUGAGAGGCGAAAGGCUCCUAAGCUCCGAGACGAGUAUGACGUGAAAGUGCAUAUAGAAGUCACCGGAAUAUGCGGAAGCGACAUCCACCUGUGGCAGCAUGGACGCAUCGGCGACCACGCCGUCACCAAUCGCGUAGUGCCUGGCCACGAGAGCGCAGGCAGGGUUAUUGAGGUAGGUAAGAAAGUGAAGAACGUCAAAGUUGGAGAUCUCGUCGCCGUCGAAUUCGGAGGACCGUGUAGAAGAUGCGAUUACUGCUGGUCUGGAGCUUAUAACCUAUGCACAAACACAUUAUCUGCGGAAAAAUCUAUUUGGGAUGGCACUCUUCAGAAAUACUACGUCGCCGCUAGUGAUUUCUGUUAUUCGCUACCGUCCAAUAUCAGUGCCGAGGAUGGCGCCCUUGUCGAGCCCACAGCAGUAGCAGUUCAGAUUUGCAAGGUCGCCAACUUGAGAGUUGGGCAGACCGUUCUAGUAUUUGGCUGUGGCCCUAUUGGUGUAUUAAGCCAGGCGGUUGCGAAAGCGCAAGGAGCCAAGAAGGUCAUCGGAGUUGACAUCUCUGAGUCGCGCGCGGCAUUCGCCAAGUCGUUCGGCGCGGAUGAUGUAUUCGUCCCCGAACGUCCAUCCGGUCCCGUCGCUAACUCUGUCGACGCGUCCCGAAAGAUGGCAGAGCAGAUUGUGGAUAAAUUUGCCCUUGGUGACGGUGCAGACGUUGUCUUGGAGUGCACUGGAGCUGAACCCUGUGUUCAAGCAGGAGUAUUCGCAACUCGAAAAGGGGGGACGUAUGUGCAGGCGGGAUUAGGGAAGGAGAAUGUCGUAUUCCCAAUCUCAACAAUUUGCCUAAGAGGCUUAAAUGUGAAGGGGUCUAUUCUUUAUACGACGGGGUGCUAUCCCACCGCUAUAGACCUCAUUGCUUCAGGGAAGAUUAAUGUGCGUAGUCUGAUCACCCAUCGAUUCAAAUUCGAACAGGCUUUAGACGCCUUCGAACUGGUCAGACAGGGCCAGUCAAAUACAAUGAAGGUGAUGAUUCAGGGGGUGCCAUGAGGUACUACCUUUCUAGGUACGACCUGGCAUCCCUUGAAUUGAAGGCUGAGAGCGCUUCUAUUGUGAGAUUUCAAAAGAAAAAAAGCGUUAGGUAACCCGCGCAUUAAAAUGUUGACGAAGUUAUAUUCUCCCCUCCCCCGUUUUGCGCUAAUCAUAAGCUACUACAAUGGCAAUAGCCCGUGAGGAAAUGCUACUAGGUACCUCAGCUACCCGAACAACACGCUAGAAUCCCCCCAAUUCUCCUCACCCCCCACUAACUCCUCUAGAUCACACGCGACAAUAUUCCCCCUUAACACCUUCCUAAGAACAAUGAAGCAAUAACCUUUUCCCACGACCCAUCCAAAAAUCCACUUCAAUGAGGAGAAACCCCAAACCAGUCAAACUAGUUCCACUAAGACCACUAAAUGGUAACAAGUAUCCCGCCGCCUGAUUGGAGAGGA